CAUUCUGCCGAUAGAAAUGGGUCCGCCCGGACCCGGAAGCAGCUCAUUCGGCGAUUGCCCGUUGGCGAAUGCAGGAGGCCAACGAGUGUCUAUAUGUGUGUGUGUGUGUAUGUGUGGUAAUGUGGAUAUUGUGCAGGGGUCCAGCUUCACAGUGAGAGUGCGUGCCGGGUCGGAGCAGUGUAAAGUAGCGCUGGUGUCCAGAUCGCGUGCUCCCAAAGGCUCCCAAAAGCAACCGAUUCCAAGACGUUUGUGUGUUCUGCGGAACCCUCCAAGCAGCUGUAUCACUAUGAGGCUGCUGUAGUUGCGUGCUAGCUGUGUACGUCUGAGUCCGGUGCGUCCAGUCGACGAGUGAUCGGCGUACGAUUCGAUGUGUUCAUCUGCCAUCAACCAUGGCCUACGAAGUGCAACCCUGGAGCUCGACGACGCACGCAACGCAUAACAUGGAGCAGAUCUCUGGGCCACCGGCCAAAACCGGCACGUUCUACCAGACGCCCCGGUCGCACCCGUGGCGCCCGACGAUGGGGUACGAGGCGGUGGAGGUGACGCCGCUGCACGAGCAGCCCAUCACCAACCAGCUGGUGGCGUCCUCCUACUCCCCGUCCGGCAUGUGCUCGGAUCCGGUCACCUUCCCGAACCUGGUGACCGGGUUCGAGCGGAACCCGCAGCACGCGGCCCGGGCCGCCCUCUACACGCGCUACACCCCGAACGAGUGGACGACCUCGAACGUCUGCACGUACGCGGACGCGGACAAGAACCGCAACUACUCGGAGAAGGUGCGCUCCGAGGCGGUGCGGUUGAUGCGCGAAACGGACGAGAAGACGUCGCAGGGGCAGCGGGAUGCGGCCCGCCGGCUCGGCGAGCGCAUCACCGACAUCACGUUCUGGCGCAACGAGCUGACGACCGAGCUGGAGAAGCUGAUCGCCGAGUCGGCCCAGCUGACCGACACGAAGCGCAAUGUGCAGAAGGCGCUGCAGGACCUGGAGCCGCCGCUCCACAUCGCCCAGGAGUGCCUGUACCAUCGGGAGUCGCGCAAGGGCAUCGAGCUGGUGCACGACCACGUGGAGAAGAGCCUGCUGGUGGAGGUGGACAACCUGCGGGCGAGCCAGGAGAAGCUGUCGCAGCUGCUGGCGAAGAUUACCAAGCAGCUGGCGGACUGCCGGGCCGCCCAGCACUCGCUCGAGGAUGACAUCAGCCACAAGGAGUCGGCCCUCGGGAUCGAUUCCAUCUGUCACCAGCUCAACAACUAUAGCCGGGGCAUUAACUACUACGGCGGGAUCGAGAAGUACGAUCCGACGGUUAGCACGCCCGGCACGUGGUCCGGUUCGAGCAGUACGCGCAUUAACAACUCGCACUCGGAACGAUCGAAAUCCUGCCAGCUGCGCAGUGACGCCGAGUCACUCAUCAACGCUGUCGCCACCUCCGUCUGGGACUGCUGGAGCAACACGAACAACGCGUUCAACAACCGCGCCUCCGAGAUGCUGGAAGCAAAGAGCAAGAUGCAGCUACAUCUGCACAAGACCCAGCAGGAGAUCUUCGACGUGGAGAAGCACAUCGAGCUGCUGCGGAAGGCGAUCAACGACAAAUCAAACCCGAUGAAGGUGGCCCAAACCCGGCUGGAGGCCCGCGCCCACCGCCCCGGUAUCGAGAUGUGCCGCGACAACGCUCACCUGCGCCUGGUGGAGGAGGUGUGCACGAUUCAGGACUCGGUGGCGACGCUGCACCGCAAGCUGCAGGAGGCCGAGGCGCAGCACCAGCAGCUGCUGCGCACCAAGUCGCAGCUCGAGAGCAACCUGAAGCAGAAGGUGGACGCACUGUUUAUCGAUCGCGAAAAGUGCAUGGGGCUGCGGCGCUCCUUUCCCGUGAACAACACGAUCAAAUAUUGAAACAGCAAUAUGGUACCCUGACCUAAGCGCCACUGAGCGGGGAAUUUCCAGCAAAAAUAUAUUUGUCAUGCGGGGCGCGGUAGAGCUUCGGUCGAUCGGUCGUUUACGAGUGUCCCAUCCCCGUCGUGGCUAACUCGUCAUUUGUCUCACUGCUUCUACUUAUACAUAUAUAAAUACAACGUAGUCGAACCAAACAACCCAAACACAGCAAGUAACAGCAAACGUAUCUUAUCACACGAGUAGCGCUCUGGAUAGCGAUAGAUGUACUGCCGCAGGUGUUGCGCUAUAUAACGCGCUCGAAGCAAGCAAUAAAGGUCCCACACGUCGUUGAAGUUGUUAGAUUUGCCAGACAAAA